AUGCGUCCUGAAAUCGAACAGGAGCUGGCUCACACCUUGCUGGUAGAACUACUGGCGUACCAGUUUGCAUCUCCAGUGAGAUGGAUUGAGACGCAAGAUGUUAUUCUGGCGGAGAAACGAACGGAAAGGAUUGUUGAGAUAGGUCCCGCAGAUACGCUAGGGGGAAUGGCGCGACGAACGCUCGCAUCAAAGUAUGAGGCAUAUGACGCUGCUACAUCCGUUCAACGCCAAAUACUCUGCUAUAACAAGGAUGCAAAGGAGAUUUACUAUGAUGUAGAUCCUGUGGAGGAAGAGCCCGAGGCUUCCCCCACAAGCAGCACACCUGCCCCAGCUGCUCCAGUGGCAGCGACUGCGGCUCCUGCCGCAGCAGCCCCUCCCCCCAGCGCUGGUCCCGCCGCAGCCGUUGAGGAUGUUCCAGUAACAGCAGUGGAUGUGCUCAGGACACUCGUCGCACAGAAGCUGAAGAAGGGUUUGUCUGAUGUGCCUCUGAGUAAAGCCAUCAAGGACUUGGUUGGUGGUAAAUCCACUCUGCAAAAUGAAAUUCUCGGAGAUUUGGGUAAGGAAUUCGGUUCCACACCAGAGAAGCCAGAGGACACCCCUCUUGAUGAGCUCGGUGCUUCCAUGCAGGCAACAUUCAAUGGACAACUGGGCAAGCAAUCCUCCUCACUCAUUGCUCGCUUGGUCUCAUCCAAGAUGCCCGGAGGUUUCAACAUUACAGCCGUUCGAAAGUACCUCGAAACACGAUGGGGCCUGGGAUCCGGCAGACAAGACGGUGUUCUCCUUCUCGCCCUUACAAUGGAACCCGCAUCUCGUAUUGGAUCGGAGGCGGACGCUAAGGCAUACCUUGAUGACGUGACCAACAAGUACGCCGCCAGCGCAGGAAUCAACCUCUCUGCUCCAGCAGCUGGUGGCGACAGUGGUGCGGGAGCGGGAGGCAUGCUCAUGGACCCGGCAGCAAUUGAUGCUCUGACCAAGGAUCAAAGGGCCUUAUUCAAGCAGCAACUUGAGAUUAUCGCACGGUACCUGAAGAUGGAUUUGCGCGCAGGCCAAAAAGCUUUCAUCACCUCCCAGGAAACCCAGAGGGCUUUGCAGGCCCAGAUAGAUCUUUGGCAAGCGGAGCACGGUGAUUUCUACGCUUCCGGCAUUGAGCCCUCCUUUGAUCCUCUUAAGGCCCGUGUGUAUGACUCUUCCUGGAAUUGGGCCCGUCAGGACGCGUUGAGCAUGUACUAUGAUAUCAUCUUUGGGAGACUGAGGGUCGUUGAUCGUGAAAUCGUGAGCCAGUGUAUACGCAUCAUGAAUCGGUCGAACCCUCUUCUCCUUGAUUUCAUGCAGUAUCACAUCGACAACUGUCCUACUGAUCGCGGCGAGACAUAUCAGUUGGCGAAGGAGCUUGGUGAGCAGCUCAUUGAGAAUUGCAAGGAAGUUCUCGGGGUUGCCCCCGUGUACAAGGAUGUGGCGAUCCCCACUGGCCCCCAGACAACUGUUGACGCCCGAGGAAAUAUUGGCUAUAAGGAGGUUCCCCGAGCCAGCGCCCGCAAGUUGGAGCACUACGUGAAACAAAUGGCGGAAGGCGGUCCCAUCUCCGAGUACAGUAACCGGGCUAAAGUGCAAAAUGACCUUCGCAGUGUCUACAAACUCAUUCGCAGGCAACAUCGUCUAUCUAAAUCUUCUCAGUUACAAUUCAAUGCACUGUAUAAGGAAGUCAUCCGUGCCCUCAGCAUGAACGAGAACCAAAUCAUGCCUCCAGAGAACGGCAACGGGAAGAGAUCGAACCGGUCUAGUCAAAAGCACAACGGCAGCCCUCGAGCUGGCAAGGUCGAAACCAUUCCAUUUUUACAUCUCAAGAAGAAGACCGAGCAUGGGUGGGAGUAUAAUAAGAAGCUCACUGGUACCUAUCUUGAUGUGAUGGAGUCGGCCGCGCGGUCAGGUCUUACAUUCCAGGGCAAGAACGUUCUCAUGACUGGUGCCGGUGCUGGUUCUAUUGGUGCCGAAGUCUUACAGGGCCUGAUUAGCGGUGGUGCCAAGGUGGUUGUGACCACAAGCCGUUAUUCGCGUGAAGUCACGGAGUACUAUCAAGCCAUGUAUGCCCGCUACGGCGCCCGUGGCUCACAGCUUGUGGUGGUCCCUUUCAACCAAGGUAGCAAACAAGAUGUAGAAGCCCUUGUCAACUACAUAUAUGAUACGAAGAAGGGCCUGGGCUGGGACCUAGACUAUGUUGUCCCGUUCGCUGCCAUCCCAGAAAAUGGUCGGGAGAUUGAUUCGAUCGAUUCCAAGUCGGAGCUUGCUCACCGCAUCAUGUUGACCAACCUCCUGCGGCUCCUAGGCUGUAUCAAGUCUCAAAAGCAGAGCAAUGGCUUCGAAACACGACCGGCCCAGGUAAUCCUUCCCCUAUCACCAAACCACGGUACAUUCGGGAAUGAUGGUUUGUACUCCGAGUCCAAGCUAGCUCUGGAGACGCUCUUCAACCGUUGGUACUCAGAGAGUUGGAGUAACUACCUUACCAUCUGCGGUGCUGUUAUUGGCUGGACUCGCGGCACGGGUUUGAUGGGUGGAAACAAUAUGGUCGCGGAAGGAGUUGAGAAACUUGGCGUCCGCACUUUCUCUCAGCAGGAGAUGGCUUUCAACUUGCUGGGUCUCAUGGCUCCUGCAAUUGUCAAUUUGUGUCAGCUUGACCCUGUGUGGGCCGAUUUGAAUGGUGGACUGCAGUUCAUUCCUGACCUGAAAAGCCUUAUGACUAAGCUCCGUACCGACAUCAUGGAGACAAGCGACAUUCGCCAAGCGGUGAUCAAAGAAACUGCCAUUGAGAACAAGGUUGUGAAUGGAGAAGACAGUGAAGCGCUGUACAAGCGUGUUGUUGCUGAGCCUCGAGCCAAUAUCAAGUUCGAGUUUCCGAAACUCCCCAGCUGGGACGAGGAAAUACAACCCCUUAAUGAAACUCUCAAGGGCAUGGUCAACUUGGACAAGGUUGUUGUUGUUACUGGUUUUGCAGAAGUCGGACCUUGGGGUAACUCGCGAACCCGUUGGGAAAUGGAAGCUCAUGGAAAAUUCUCUCUUGAGGGGUGUGUGGAAAUGGCAUGGAUCAUGGGACUUAUCAAACACCACAACGGUCCGCUGAAAGGCAAGUCAUACUCGGGCUGGGUUGAUGCAAAGACUGGGGAACCAGUAGACGACAAAGAUGUCAAACCGAAGUAUGAGAAGUAUAUUCUUGAACACUCUGGUAUUCGCCUUAUCGAACCUGAGCUAUUCAAGGGUUAUGACCCCAAGAAGAAGCAGCUCCUUCAGGAGAUUGUCAUUGAGGAGGAUUUGGAUCCAUUCGAGGCCUCUAAAGAAACCGCUGAAGAGUUUAAGCGAGAGCAUGGUGACAAAGUUGAGAUCUUUGAAGUUCCUGAAUCUGGAGAGUACACCGUCCGUCUCAAGAAGGGCGCCAACCUAUUGAUUCCCAAGGCUCUCCAGUUUGAUCGCCUUGUUGCAGGCCAAGUGCCAACUGGCUGGGACGCUAAGCGAUAUGGUAUUCCCGACGACAUCAUCGAGCAGGUUGACCCAGUGACCCUGUUUGUUCUUGUCUGUACUGCUGAAGCGAUGCUCUCGGCCGGUAUCACUGAUCCUUACGAGUUCUACAAGUAUGUCCACUUAUCCGAGGUGGGUAAUUGCAUCGGCUCUGGAAUUGGAGGAACCCAUGCCUUGCGAGGAAUGUACAAGGAUCGGUACCUAGACAAGCCACUUCAGAAGGAUAUCUUGCAAGAGUCUUUCAUCAACACUAUGAGUGCGUGGGUCAACAUGUUAUUACUCUCCUCUACUGGACCUAUCAAGACACCUGUUGGUGCUUGUGCAACGGCUGUGGAGUCUGUUGACAUCGGGUACGAGACUAUUGUCGAAGGAAAGGCCCGCGUCUGUUUUGUUGGUGGCUUUGAUGACUUCCAGGAAGAGGGCUCAUAUGAGUUCGCCAACAUGAAGGCUACUAGUAAUGCCGAGGACGAGUUCGCCCACGGGCGUACACCGCAGGAGAUGUCGCGUCCCACCACGACUACACGUGCUGGCUUCAUGGAAUCGCAAGGUUGCGGUAUGCAGCUCAUUAUGAGCGCUCAGCUCGCACUGGACAUGGGGGUGCCAAUCUAUGGUAUUAUUGCUUUGACAACUACGGCUACCGACAAGAUCGGUCGCUCGGUUCCUGCACCAGGGCAGGGUGUCCUUACUACUGCGCGCGAGAACCCUGGUAAAUUCCCAUCGCCCUUGUUGGACAUUAAGUACCGCCGCCGCCAGUUAGAUUUGCGCAAGAAGCAGAUUAAGGAGUGGCAGGAAUCUGAGUUAUUAUAUCUUCAGGAGGAGGUUGAGGCCAUGGAAGCUCAAAACUCUGAGUCGCUCAAUGUGUCCGAAUACAUGCACGAACGAGCCCAACACAUUGAGCGCGAGGCCGUCCGCCAGGAGAAGGACGCACAGUUCAGUCUGGGCAACAAUUUCUGGAAGCAGGACUCUCGCAUUGCUCCUUUGCGUGGCGCUCUUGCCACUUGGGGCCUCACUGUUGAUGACAUCGGCGUCGCUUCCUUCCAUGGUACCUCCACUGUCGCAAACGAUAAGAAUGAAUCGGAUGUCAUUUGCCAGCAGAUGAAGCAUUUGGGCCGUAAGAAGGGAAAUGCAGUCCUGGGUAUCUUCCAGAAAUACUUGACUGGCCACCCCAAGGGUGCGGCCGGUGCUUGGAUGUUCAACGGCUGCCUGCAGGUUUUGGAUAGUGGCCUAGUUCCCGGCAACAGGAACGCCGAUAAUGUAGACAAGGUCCUCGAAAAGUUCGACUAUAUUGUCUACCCCAGCCGUAGUAUUCAAACGGAUGGUGUAAAGGCAUUCUCAGUCACCUCAUUCGGUUUUGGUCAGAAGGGCGCGCAAGUUAUUGGUAUCCACCCCAAGUAUCUUUACGCUGCUCUCGACCGCACUCAAUUUGAGGCCUACAAGGGCAAGGUUGAGGCUAGGCAAAAGAGGGCGUAUCGGUUCUUCCACAACGGUCUGAUCAACAACAGCAUAUUUGUUGCCAAGAACAAGGCGCCAUAUGAGGAUGAGCUUCAAAGCAAAGUCUUCCUUAACCCUGAUUAUCGGGUUACUGUUGACAAGAAAUCCUCUGAGCUUAAGUUCCCCGCAGCUCCCCCCAAAGUUGCUGGUAAAGGAGUUGAAAGCACAAGGCAGGUAGUUGAGUCGCUGGCGAAGGCUCACGCUGUUGAGAACUCCAAAGUGGGGGUGGAUGUGGAAAACCUGGAGUCUCUCAAUAUUGAAAAUGAGACGUUCAUCGAGCGAAAUUUCACUGCUCAAGAGCAGCAAUACUGUCGCAAGGCAGCCUCUCCCCAGGCAUCAUUUGCCGGACGCUGGAGUGCGAAGGAGGCUGUUUUCAAAUCCCUUGGAGUUAGCAGCAAAGGUGCCGGUGCUCCCUUAAAGGACAUCGAAAUCACUAACGAUGCAACAGGGGCCCCUGUUGUUAACCUUCAUGGUGCUGCAGCCGAGGCGGCCAGGCAGGCCGGUGUGAAGCAAGUCAGUGUCAGCAUCAGCCACAGUGAUUCUCAGGCAGUAGCAGUAGCCGUUUCCACGUUCUAA